AUGUUCAGGUAUGUUAUAUUUGGUAUUUCCGGCUCGGUUAGCGGAUGGGUUUUAAGAGAUAUAGUGAUUUGCUUAGUUAACAACGUAAAUUCGACCAAUGGAAUAUUAUUAAAUAAAUUUAUAUGUAGUAAAGAUGAUUAUGUAAAGAAUACUUCUAACGAACUUAAGUACUGCUUUGACCAACUAGAAUUAAGUAAAGGUUUUAAUAAUUACAAUAUAUAUUUAAAGGAAAAAAAUUAUUUUGUAGAAACAUUAUAUAUUGAAAAAUGGAACAAUAUAAAGAAUUUGAGUGAGCAUAUGCACAGUGAAAAAAAUAAAGAAAUAUUACAUUACUUACAAAAAAUGAACAUACAUUUCUCCCCUUCCUUAUUUGUUUUGUUGAAACAGUAUAACGGAAUUGAUACACCAGAGUAUUUAAAAAAUUAUUUUUCAUAA